CUGGGCAGGAGUCUGCAGUCCAUUUCAUACGCCAAGGACCCCUUUUACCGAGUCGAAGUAAACGGCAACACCGAGAGACCUGUCGAAAAGUACCUCGAAUACACGCAGAACGGUUACAGUAAUGACAAAGUGACGGUUCAUAGGAUCGUUAAGCGCAACGCGGAGCCUAGCGGCAGCGACGAACAGGAAUCAUCGUACAAUACGUCCUUGGGUCAGCUCGCUCCUAACGGAUCCGAUCAAAGCGACAAGGAUAAACGAGGUCUGACAAACGUUGAAGAGUGGGAAAUGAACGCCCCAACGCUACAGAAACAACCAGAAAAAGCCAGGGAGACAAGAAGCGUCAGGCUGAUAGACGACAGUCUCGAACAUAACCCAAAAUCGGUUGAAUUGACUGACGAAAUGCGGUCGAAGAUUCAUCGAGGUUUCGAUGAUCCAAAUGUUCGAGAUAAUUCGCGCGAGAGCGACGAGAAAUGGUCGAAUUUUCGGAGGAACUCAAUCAGGCGGAAUCAUCAGCGGGAAAAAUUCAAAGGCAGAGAAUCUGCCGAUGCUGAUUUGUCGAAGCAAAACGACGACUACCGGCGCUCGCGUUACAACUGGCGAAAGUCUGACCGUGGAUUGUCACCGAGUCGCAGACACCAUUUGAACAGGUUAAAGCAACAACGUGGCGACGAGACCAGAGAUUUCAUUCACGAACAGAACGGUCUGGUACAUGUUGCCAGGAAUGCAGACGAAAGUUCGAGAUUCAAGGACGCGCGAUUCGUAGAUCAAGGCAAGACGAUGCCCUUUGACGGGACGAAGAGAGUCCUUGACGAAAACGCUGAGGAACCUGCCAGUAUAAAACCGAAGGACGAUAACCAAAAGAAGAAAUUCAAGGUGCUUUUGGCCGCCGAUAAUAUGGAGGACGAAUCUCAGAUGGAUUUGGCGCUACACGGAGAACUGGCUGGAAAAAUUGUCGAGAGAAUAUUUGACCAGGUACAGGUAAACAAUGCGCUAAAAGUCGCCCUGGGACCUGGAUUGUUCCGGAAACAUAAAUCCGAGGACGCUGUACAGACUGACAAAACUUACCGUCGGGGAUUGGACGAGGACGAGGCGAGUGAAUUCCACACUUAAGUGUGAUGGGAACGCGUUCCUAGCGUUUUUAAAUACUUGCGAUUCGUGAAUUGCAA